AUGCUGCUUCAACGAGCCGGUCUGCCCAACAGUGCUGUACGCAAUUUUCAAUACAACGUUGCCUCCAACCCGCCCACGCAUGCCGUCCGCCGCUGCGAACGUGUGUGGUGGCGUACCGUUCGCCGCGAAUGGCGCCGUGCCCCCGGCGUGUGCCCCUUGCGAUGCGUGCACCGGCGUCGCGUCGCGCCGCCCGCACGGAGAUCGCCCGGUUGCGCUACGGUCGCCCGCGAAGGACCGAACGGCGACGGCGCGCCACGGAAACGCACUUCACCCACCCGUGGGUGCGCACGGGUGGGCCCGUCGUCCAAGGGUACCACUUGA